CUCCAAGCCAUUGACUGGGCUAAACUUCUGGAGGAUGUGAAUCGAUGGCGCAACGACGAAUGCAUUCGUGGUGGCUACCGUACAUGGGCUGGUUGGGGGGACUCAUCUAAACCUUGCCAAUCUGAUUCUGGGUUAGCUAAUAACCUUAUAAAUGGUCAAGGACAGCCAGGCAAGUCUGAUGUCAACUAUGUAGGAUCGUACGAGCAAAAACAGCAACAACCAUCGCCAUCAUCAUCAUUGCAACACUCUCAGAAUAUCAAUGGUAUUGACGUGGAAGCUUCAGUUAAGAGGCAUCUUCGCAUUUUAUUGCUCGAGGGCAUCUUUGCCUUGAGCUUCCCGUAA